AUGUCUUGCCCAUCGCCUGAGCAGUCCGAGGGCGUCGCGCUCAUCCGGGACGCCACGCGGGCCAACAAAUGGGCGACCAGUCACAGCGUGCCUCCUCCAGCGCCCGCUUACGGUCGCUCAAACAUUCCCAAAGCGCCCUCAGUCAAGACCGUUGCAGUCAACCGCGAGCGAAAGCUACCGAUUCGCGAGCGUCUUCGGCAGUGGACCGCUGAGCAAGACCAGCAACAUGCCCGGGCUAUGCCGCCAGACGUUUUCAUCUACGGAACCAUUGCCAACAGCCUCAACCGGACUCAGACGACUGGUUCAUCUGAUCUGGACCAGCUCAGGUCUACUGAUGCAAGUUCGGCUAACGGCGUGGGCGCCGAACCAGGCCGAGAAGACGCUGAGCUCGCCGUGACCGUCGAUUCGAGAGCACCAGGCGAUCUUGUGGAGCUCAGGCAGAGCGGCUCGCGAAUGCCCGUCUUUGCGGUAUAUCUUGGCUUCUUUGGCGACAGGAACCACUUCUAUGCUGUCAAUGGCAAAUGGAUCACUAGCAUGGGAUUCACGUCCUUGUUCACAGUGGCCAACUUUGCGACGCCCUCCGAACUCGAAUCUGUGCUUGCCAAGAUCCCGAAGAGUGCAACGCCAGAGGACUUUGACGAGCUCCGACGAAGUGAAAGGGGCCCUUCUCGGGAGGACGGUAUUGUGUUGAUUAACAGGAUGAACGACUUCCGCAGAAAGUCCGAAUCGAUAUACCAAACGAAUCUUGCGAGGCUGGACGGCGCUCGCACGCUGCUUUCUAACUCUCGCAAUGUCAAGUAUCUCAGCUUGUUUGAGAUUGCGGAUGUACUCUUGCCGGCGACUCUCAAGGGCGAGCACGGCUUUCACCCUCCCGCGCUUUAUGCUGUGCAUACCGCCCUAUACCGCAAUGAGGUGGGGUUUGUGCCCUUGAGCCCCUCCAGCGAUUGCCAUCGCCGUGACCACCUGUUCGAGGUGUCUCCGCAGAAUUUUACAAACAUCAUCAACAGGAUCGCCAUGAUGGUGCGGGAAUACACAGACGCCAGCGCGAAGCGUACGAGGCCACUUCGCCCGGCUGAGCUGGAGGAAACGACGCUCGGCCAAUUUGUCCUGCAAGCACGAGAGGCAGUCUCUCGCAGUCGUCAGCAGCGUGAGUGGACGCCUCACGGCAUCCUCAAAACGUCGUCUGGAACCGACCUGAAGAAGGUGGACUGGACCCAGCCAAGCAAGGAUGUAAUCACGUUCUUGGAAUGGUGGGCGAGCUACGAUCUGUUUGACGCAGGCUCCCGGUUCCACUCCUACGGCGCCCUCAUCCUGCGAGCGCUGGGCCUUUACCAGGAUGCGUCGCUUGACCAAAGCACUGCUUGGACUUUUCUCCAAGAGGUCGGAGUCAUCGCACCUUGGGAGAUACUUUCGCGCUACAGAGUACGGUUCCCCAACGUCACAAUAGAUAGGGGCGGAGGUCUCGUGCGUGACCAGCCAAAGGACCUCGAGCAGUCCAUGCGGCCAGACAUCGCAGCAGACGCAAGGAGGCAGCAGUCUGGCGCCACGAUCUUCUGCAUCGACGCCCCGUCGACAGUGCUCAUAGACGACGGCGUUUCUUUGGAGUAUACCGACAAGGCGGACGAAUUCUGGAUACACAUCCACGCAGCGGACCCUGCAUCAGCCAUUGCACCAAACUCGGAGCUCUGCAAGUUCAUGGAGCUCAUCCCUGAGAAUAUCUAUCUCCCCGGACAUUUUCAGGCCAUGCUGCCCUCGGAGCUCGCCGAGGAGGAUUCCAAGGACUACGGGUCUGAGAGCCUCACUACGAGAUUCUCACUUCGCUCUGGAGGGCCGGCUCUCACGUUCAGCGCCAAGGUCAACGAUGCUGGCGACAUUCUGGACCAGAAGAUCGAGCCUAGCGUCCUCGACAAGGUCAAAUACUUGGAUCCUGAGGACGUCUCGUCGUUUUGCAGCGAGCCUUCUCCUCCACUCUCUCAUGGUUACCAUCUGUCGGUAGGAACACGUCCGACCCAGGAACAAGCACUGCCUGCACGCCCCAUCAUAGCGGCUAGGAAUUUGGAGACCACUGAGCAAAAUGAUCUCCUGACGCUGUAUCGACUCGCCGAGGCGAUCAAGCAAAAACGGUUAUCUAAAGGAGCAUGGCCUUACUUCUUCCCCAGACCUUCAGUCUCCGUGGCGUUCAACGAAGUCGCGCGAGGCGAUUCGGCACAGCCGGCGACGCGGCUCCCCGCGGAUCCGUACAUCGAAGUUGGACAAGAGGCGUCCAACGGCUGCUCUGUUGUGGCAAAUUCGAUGGUGCUGGCUGGACACAUCGCCGCGCGCUGGUGCUCGUCACGUGGGAUACCAGUUCCAUACCGUCGGGACAUGAAGACGGCUCAGAACUUCGAUGCUGCCUUUGAGUACGCGACAAAGGAGAUAUAUCCUCUCAUUCGGGAAGGCAUCGAGCCGACCCCAGGGCAACGGCAGGAGCUGUCCAGGCUGACUGGGGGUAUCGAGAUCUCAUCGCAGCCAGGUCCAUACUUCUUGCUCGGGUUGGACAUGUACGCGAAAUCCACGUCUCCACUUAGACGCUUCUCGGAUCUCCUCGUUCACUGGCAGAUUCACGCUGCACUGGCAUAUGAACGUCGGAUGAAUCGUGCUAUAGACCCGGCGGUGGACGACAUUGGAAAGAUUCUACCCUUCACCAGUGCCGAGCUCAGCAAUACCUUGCCGCUUCUGCAAAUGCGCGAGAAGAUGGCUAGGGCCGUGUCCCGAGGAACAUUGGAUUGGAUCCUCAUCGCCUUGGUUAGAGCGUGGCGAUUCGAAGGCACGGCACCGCGAACCCUCCGAUUCAAGGUUGGCUCCCGUUGGCGCCAAGGCCUCCUUGGGCGCCUCGACAUGUUCGAUCUCAACGCAGUGCUGGACAUUGCCGGGCUGGACGGCGUGCGCCUCAUCAAGGACGUGCAAGUGGGCGACGAGUUCGAGGUGGAGCUCGCCGACGUCAACGUGCACUCGAGGCAGAUCCUCGUCCGGGCCACGCGAUACCUUGGUGGGGACAGCAGGUGUCACAGUCGCGCUCAACCUGAGCAGUGGUCGGUGAACCAGCAGCCGAGGCCCACGCUGACGACAGGGCCGGGCGCAUGA